AUGAAAUGAAUUUUUAGCCGAAGCAAUUUCUCUCUGAAAAGACUCUCAGAAAUUUCUAUUGUGCUAUUCUCCAGUUUCCACUAUGCAAAGGUGGAACAAGAAGAAAACCCAGUUCCCUCUACUCGCAUUGAUCUUCCUCAUCUUCAUCAUCUUGUCGAUCCUCCACAACGAACGCAGCAUUCUUCAAAUCCAACAAGAUGAUCAACAACAACAACAACAACACCAACAAGAAGGUCACCAUGUUCGUCCCCACCAGCAAAAUUACUUCACCUUCGUCAAGCCCAAUCUCCUCAGACUUCCCGGUCGACCCCUAGAGGUUAUCGAUAGGUUCACUAAAUGCAAUUCCACUAGAGAGAACAGUCGCCGGAAAAUCGAGUUGACCGCUGUGUCCGGUCAACGGCGCCGGAGAAAGAGUACGGAGGAGAAGUGUGAUGUGUUCUCUGGGAAGUGGGUGUUCGACAACACAUCGUACCCGCUGUACAAUGAGUCCGGGUGUCCGUACAUGUCGGACCAGUUGGCGUGUCACAGGCAUGGGAGGGAUGAUUUGGGCUACCAGUACUGGAGGUGGCAACCCCAUGGUUGUAAUUUGAAGAGGUGGAAUGCGACUGAAAUGUGGGAGAAGUUGAGAGGAAAAAGGCUAAUGUUUGUGGGGGAUUCGUUGAACAGAGGGCAGUGGAUAUCAAUGGUGUGUUUGCUACAGUUGGUGAUCCCCGCAGAUAAAAAAUCCAUGUCGCCAAAUGCCCCUCUUACCAUUUUCAGGGCAGAGGAAUAUAAUGCGACUAUUGAAUUUCUAUGGGCCCCACUUCUUGUAGAAUCAAAUUCCGAUGACCCUGUGAAUCAUAGAUUGGAUGACCGAAUAAUUCGUCCUGAUUCAGUUCUCAAGCAUUCCUCACAAUGGGAGCAUGCUGAUAUAUUAAUUUUCAACACAUAUCUGUGGUGGAGACAGGGUCCAGUUAAGCUGUUAUGGAGUGCUGAAGAAAGUGGUAUUUGCGAAGAGUUAGAUGGUCUUGGAGCCAUGGAAUUGGCCAUGGGAGCUUGGGCUGAUUGGGUAGCAUCUAAAGUGGAUCCUCUUAGGAAGCGGGUAUUUUUCGUGACAAUGUCUCCUACACACCUUUGGAGUCGAGAAUGGAAACCAGGAAGUGAAGGUAAUUGCUAUAGUGAGAAAACUCCUAUAGAUUCAGAGGGUUACUGGGGAAGUGGUUCUGACCUGCCUACCAUGCGCAUGGUGGAGAAUGUCCUUCACAAGUUGGGUUCCAAGAUUUCAGUGAUCAACAUUACUCAGCUCUCAGAGUAUCGAAAAGACGGUCACCCGUCAAUCUACCGCAAGUUCUGGGAGCCUCUGAAGCCGGAGCAGUUGUCUAACCCUCCAAGUUACUCUGAUUGCAUACAUUGGUGCUUGCCUGGUGUACCUGACGUAUGGAACGAGUUGUUCUUCCAUUUCUUGUAAAAACAAAUAUGAACAUUGUUUGAAAGGAUUUUCGUUUCUGCUUUGAGCUUUCCCAUUGCAAUGGGAAAAAGGAUGUACUUUUGUACCGGCAUAGUAAAAUUCCCAACUCUUAAGGGUAUUGUUUAAAUGUUUUCAUUCUUUGAAAAUAUAUGUACUGAUCUGAUAUGCAACUUAUCAUGUGUUGUAACUAGAAUUGGCUAUUUAAGGGAAGGUAGUUA